UCUCUCCUCCGUCCCAGUCCCAGCCCACAGCCCACAGCCCACGCUCCCCGUCUCCGCCUACUCCGGCGGCCACUCCUCCUUUGCUGGGAGACACAGACACCUGUUCACCUGCGCCGCCUCCACCAAACGGUGCACCGCAUGGACCGAGAGGGGAGCCGCGCUGCCGGCGGAGAAGGGCCUCCGGUGGCGGCAGCCGGGCCAGCCCCUUCAUCUCGCCUGCCGCCCUCACCCGGCAUUGAGGCAUUAGCCGCAGAGGCAUUGGCUUUUGAUGGAGGAAGCAAUGAGGAGUCAAUUGAUGUUACAGUGCAGAAAGCUCUGGAGUGUCCAUGUUUAGAUGACUUGAAAAGAGGUCCUUGUGGAAGCCAAUUUAUUGAUGCAUUUUCAUGCUAUCUCAAGAGUACCAAAGAAGAGAAGGGUUCAGACUGUGUCGACCCCUUCAUUGCCUUGCAGAACUGCAUCAGAGGAAACAAAGAGGCAUUCAUCAAGGAGAUUCUAGAAGAAGAGGAAAACGACGAGGAAGCUGAGAAGUCUAACCUCAAAGUUCUGCCUCCAGCAUGGUCCAGAGAACCAAAAUCAAAGAUACGAGGUCCUUCGAAAUAAGCAGGGUAUACUCAGCAAAGUAAUAUUCCUAUAGUCGGGGUCGCCACAGUUUUUCUGCAGAAGUUCUACAAUUUGGUCAGUUUCAGGAACCAGAGCAGGUGAUCUCGUAUCAUACACGGCAGAAAUAGGAGCAGAUGUGGCCUAAAUAUUGCAUGGAUCAAAUAUUUUAGCAUAUUGCAUUACGUUGGAAUCAGCAUCUGACAAUCUUGUAUUAUGCUGAUGGAUUGUAUCAUCUGAAGAACAGAUGGAAAUGUUUCUCCUUGAGAUAACGGACCUAUGAUUUAACAAGCAGAAUCCUUCACACCGA